AUGUUCUCAUCAUCGAACAGGUAUCGAGAAGGCAGCUUCUCGAAACACCGAGCAAGCAAGUCGAAGUCGCACAAGAAAAAUCCUUCUUUCAAAGAUUCGUCUCGUAAGGUGGAGAGGCUCGCACAGCAGGCCACGGCCCAGUCACCACAGUCGAACCAAACGUCGCCAACGAUCGGGAGUGCAAUCAUCACUCUUUCCAUCGGACACGAGCAACGCCUCUUCGCUGCCCACGAAGACGUCCUCUGUCACUCGCCCUUCUUCCAGUCCGCCUGCCGUGAUCAGUUUUUCUCUAGCAGCAACAAGCGCAUCGACUUACCCGAUGAGGAUCCCGAAGUCUUCUCCUCAAUCCUCGAGUACCUCUACAAGGGCGAUUACUAUCCCCGCUUAGAGUAUGAUACCAAGAGGAAGAGCUGGAACUUGGAAGACGGUGGAACUAACAGCGCCAAUGAAGCUAUCAUUCACACAGUCGUCGGACCGAUCUUGAAGGACACGGUCAUCUACUGCCAGGCCGACAAGUACGGACUGCAGGAGUUGAAGAAGCUUGCGCUACGCAAGCAAGGCCUUCAGUCGGGCAUCCAGUGCUCGACUAUCCUCACAUCGGCACGCUUCGCCUAUGCCAAUACUCCGGACAGCGACUCGAAGCUGCGAGCGCACUACCUCGCACUGAUCAUCCGUGCGCGACACACCUUCAAGCGCAGCGGCACGAUGCAGAAUGAGAUGGAGAAUGGCGGAAAGCUAUUCUUCGACCUUUUCGUGGCGAUGGUGAAUCACAUGGAUGACCUCGCUCAGAAGUCACCUCGCUAA